CUCCACACAACUCGUUUAUAGGCCGUUACUUCCAGCCACAAAUCAAGAUGCAGAAGGCCAUGGUUAUCAUCCUUGCGUUGGCCACUGCCACCGAAUCAUACGCGGCAAUUCCACUUCGGCAAUCCUGCCUGCUUCCACCAAAACAUGGACUGUGUGAGGCUGACAUCACAAGGUUCCACUACAGUCAGGCUGCUGGCACUUGCCGAAAGUUCAUAUACGGUGGUUGUGAUGGCAACGCAAACAACUUCAGGUCACUCACUGAGUGUUUGGUUGCUUGUUCAGGCACCAGAGGUUGAAGCGACAAACCCUCGUUUGUCAACCGAAGUUGCCAGGAUUGCUGCUUUUUGAGAUGCAAUAAACGAGUGAAACCUCAAUCCAUCCCUUUUAGGACAAUGUUGUAUCUAACUCCGUUUGCCGGUGCAUAAGUUUUACUUCGGAUAUCAGUUGACCUGUAAAUAAAGUUUCCAUUGGAAUUUC